UGUAACGUUAUUUAUGGUUUUGAUGAACGGAGAACCCAAGAUGAUGAACGGAGUGUAGCUACGUGAGGAGGACUAUAACGUGCACUAGUACUCCCACGCGCCUCUGAUCGUUCAUUCAGCACCACAGCAACCGAACAGCGACCGCGGUGUGCAUGGGAACGGUUCAUUUUAAAAGCCGUACAGCAGUCGUUUUGUCAGCGCACAUCAUUGCGGUUUUACCCACUCUCAUCUGGACGCCUCGAAUGUUAAUAUGUGGACGCCGGUUUACUGAAGGGAUAUACGCUAUAAAGGAACGUCAUAUGUGAUUUGAUCGAGAGCAACGCUCCGCUGAGUUACAUACUUUUUCUCGCGGAUCCUCACCUGUCGUAAAUCAUGAACUACUUUGAAAUUGUUUGCUGUUCCGAAAGUGCAAACCUCAAUCGAGAAAAACAGAAUCACGACCACCUCUUGUCGAGGCGAGCGGUCCGCCACACCUGACGGUUUUUCUGCCUCCGGUUGUGACAUGAAAACUCGGACCAGAAAGAAACGGAUGAAAGGACGAAGAGCUGCAAAAGGCCAUGUGGAUUUGAAAGAGAACAUAUCAGAUUAAAGUGGAAGCCCGGAACAAUCCACAAGUACGAUCGCGACUGACAAUCACAGGCAUGGGGACAGCAAAGAUCAAGAGAUGGUCGGAGCUCUCGCAACCUGUUGUGGAUCCCGAGUAGACAGAGAUUUGAUGUUGAUUAUAUCUAAAUGGCAAUGACUUGGGGGGAAAACACGUGCUUUUGAUUGAUUGAUGUCUUGUUUCUUGAUUUGGGUUUCUUAAUGUAAAUGCAUUCAUUAAUUUGAGGAGCAGCUAUACCGGGAGCAUACACUGGACAUCAGCAUAGAUAAACGCGUUUUUUGGGAAUAUAAAGGUAUAUUUAUAUUGGGGGAAAACACCCUUCAUGGUUGGUUGGUUACCCUGAUUCUGACCCACUCCAGCCAUGGGUUGCCUUCACAGCGUCGCCUGCAAACCCCGAAUUAAACGCGAGAAUAUAGUGGUGUAUGAUGUCUCUGCUACUAUUGACCACUGCCCCACACUGAUCGAGGAGAAUUCACCCAUAGUGCUCCGCUACAAAACUCCGUACUUCAAGGCCUCCGCUCGGAUAUUAAUGCCGCCGAUCCCUCGAAACGAGGCAUGGAUGGUGGGCUGGAUUCAAGCGUGCACGCAAAUGGAAUUCUACAACACUUAUGGAGACCUCGGCAUGUCAAGCUGGGAGCUGCCAGAGUUACGAGAAGGACUGGUGAAGGCCAUCAGCGACUCGGAUGGUGUGAGUUACCCAUGGUACGGAAACACGACUGAAACGGUGACCCUCUCCGGCCCCACAUCCAAACCUUCACGUUUCACUGUCAGCAUGAAUGAUAACUUCUACCCCAGCGUAACAUGGGCCGUACCAGUGAGCGAGAGCAAUGUGCCUUUGCUCACGCGGAUCAAACGCGACCAAAGCUUCACCACUUGGCUGGUGGCUUUGAAUAUGGCCACACAGGAGAAGAUCCUCCUGCAGACAGUGAAGUGGAGGAUGAAAGUGGACAUCGCAGUGGACCCCUCGAAGCAGCUGGGCUCUCGAGCAAGACUCACCGGCCGGGUGCACCAGGACCAGCCCAAGGUGUUGACCCAUAUGGAGCCGAUCCCUCCUAACGCUUUGGGUAAACCCAAUGCUAAUGACGCACAAGUGCUAAUGUGGAGGCCCAAGCGAGGACCACCAUUAGUGGUGAUUCCCUCUAAGUAGCAGGUUGUGGCAAAAAUGAAAGGUUUUUAAUCAAAAUAGUCAAUCUGCCUUAAAUCCACACUGCUGCCUUUAAAGAGAUACUUUGUUCUUCAACAGCCUUGGAGACGCUUAAAGGGA